AUGCCGUCAUCAUUAAAUGCAAAUCCUAAUGCAUCAUCGUCAUUAAUAACUGUUGAAAAAGAACCUGAACGUGAUCCUGAAUACGAUUGUUUUAUGUGUCGUCAAGCACAUGUUUAUAUAAAACCAAUUGGUAUGGAACAAGAACGUCGUGUAGCACGUCAUCAUCCACCACCAUUGUCGCGUGCACAAAUAGAUGAAUUAAGUCGAAAAAAAAAUUUAACAAAACAAGAAGCAAGAAAAUUAUUACAAUGUUAUUUUCCUGAAAUAAAAAAUGUUAAAUAUUUUCAAUUACAUAAAUAUCAUUCAUGUUGUUAUGAUCCAAAACAUUUAAACUUAUGUAAAAAUCAUAUAACAGCAUUACAACAUGAACGUGAACAAUAUCAUGAUCAUCAUCAAAAUCAAGAUGAACAUAAUCAUAAUAAUUAUAAAGAUUAUGAAAGAGAAGACGAACCACACAAUAGAGUUAGUUUUGUACGAAUUAAAAUUGAACCAACGAAAGGUAUACCAACAAGAUUUCUUGGUCCAACAGCUCUACCUGAAUCACUUGCUGAGAUGCUCAUCAAACAGGUUAAUCGCCUAGAAAAUAAAAAGAUACCACCAUCAUUUAAUUCAAAUCAGACAAUAGAACCAUAUAAUAUUAGACGAGUAAACAUUCCUCAUGGUUCAGAUGACGAUAAUGACGAAGACGAUGGCGAUGAUGAUGAUGAUAAUGAAGGUCAUACUGAUGAUGAUCAAACAACACAUGUUAAAGGUAAAAUAAUGACGGAAUCUACUGUAAAUUAUGAAAAUAAUAAGCAAGAAAAGACAAGAUUAGAAAAAAAAUCAACAAAUGGUGAUUUAAUAGUUGAAGAUUUACAUGAAUUAAAUCGUUUAUAUGUUAAUCAUCAAGAUCUAACAGAUGUUGAUGAAAAUCGCGACAUUUUUUCGAAACAAUUAAAAAAGAAAAGACGAAAAAAAGGAACAAAGAAAAAAAAUCUUCAUGAACAUCAUAAAUCAAAAUUAAAUCAUUGGGAAUUAUUGGCAUUACAACAAGACAAAAAAGAUGCAUGUAAUUGUCGUCAUCAUGUUAUGCAUCUUGAAAAUAAUCAAGUUGUUUACGAUUGGUGUCGAUGUAAAGAUCAUCAACAUAAAGAAUUAAUCGAAAGACGUAAAUCAAUUGUACUGCCACCACUACUACCAUCACCACCACCUCCUCAACAAUCAACUGUACCUCCUCCGCCACCACCUCCACCAAAAUCACGCCCAAAACCACGUAAAGUACGCAAGAAAUCGAUUGGUAUCGAUGCAACAGAACCAACAUCGACUCAACUUGCUCUAGCUUACGAUCCAUCAGCAGUUGAUUAUGAUAUGAUUCAAGAAGUAAUCUAUUAUCGAACAGCAUCAGGACGAUUGAUCAAACCUGCAACGACUAAUGCUUUUACUUAUGAUAGUCUACCUUCAUCAAUGAUGAUCAAUCAUCAAGAACCACGUUCAAACAAAGCUGAAGUUUUAUAUAUGACACCUAAUGGUAAAUUCCAACCACUCGAAGAUGCUGGACGUAACCGAGGAAAACCAAAGACAAUUAUUCUAUCAAAACCAGGUUCAUUAUAUAAUGGUCAAGCAUUGAUUGAUACUGAACAUACAUCAUCAAAUAAUGGAAAUUCGAAUACUAUGCCUGUAUUAAAAUUACCUCCAGCAUUGAAACCAUCAAGGCAACAUUCACGUGAUAAUAAUAAGGAAUAUCAACCGGCAGAAUUUACAUUAGCAAAAUUUUCUUCUGAUAAAUCUGUAGGUACACCGGAUUCAGAAGGAAAAUUAAGAACUGUUUCAAUGUCAAUGCAAAAAAGUACAAAACCAACCUAUAGUAAUCAAAAUCCAACACCUGAUUAUGGACGUGAAUCAAGUGUUGUUGCUAAUCGUCGUUGGUUUGAUCAACCACUUGGCGAUCAAAAUUUACGUCCAGUACAUGAUGGCCAAUAUGGUUUAAUUGCUGGAACAUCAACAGAUACAUAUCAAUCGAAAGCUAAAUUAUCUGAAAAUAAUAAUAAUAAUAAUAUUAAUACAAAAUCAGACGCACCAAAAAAUGGCAGUAAUUGCACAAUAUCAUAA